AUGCCUCGAUGUGUGGCAUGGAAAUGCUCUGUCAAAUCUGGAGAAGGUAUAGUGAUGCACAGGUUCCCUAAGGAUAAAAGGAGACACAGAGAAUGGGAACGAUCCGACUGGACUCCCCAUCCCAUGACAAAUUUUUUCUAUGCGAUACAUUGUGAAUGUUUAGCAAAAAUGCCUUUUCCACGUGUAAAAGUACCUAUGAGUCACCUUGUAGCAUCUAGUCCUAAUGAAAUAGUAGCUAUAUAUGGAUUAUACUUUGCUAGAGAAAUCCAGCUGUGGACAAACUUCUUAAGUAGAGAUCCGUUAACGAAUUUCGCCAAUGUGGCAGAAAGAAUUGAAAAAUACAAUGAGAAGGGCAUAUUUCCAUCGCCCUCGUUUAUUGGCGAAGAUAUUUAUUUCUACAAGGUAAUGCAAAGUAAUGCACUGACUCGAUCUACAGUCAGUGGUUAUAGUUCUGAUCUGUUGAAAAAAACACAUCAAUACAGGAUCAGCAGUAACACAGGCACGGAAGAUAUUCCUUAUAUUUCCCAAGUGCAUAAAGAAAUCCGUUUUCUGAUUGUCUCCACCAACAGUUCGACACUUCAACACAAUCUGUAUCAACAGAGACUAAAACUAUAUCAAACGUCGUCUUCAGAUGUAAGUGAUGCUUCGAGAUCUCCAGAUUCUGGUCUACACGCUGUUUCAGUUAAUGGAACAUCAAGCCAACAACAGUUUUCUGAACAUAAAAUAAUGGUAAACUUCCAAAAGUUUAAAGACACUUUUGAUAGUAUGCACGAAUCAUUGAAAACAUCUAUUGGACAACUAAAACAUGAUGUUGAUAGAUUUGCUAACUCUAGGUCAAUAGAAUAUAUUCGCACAUCAUCUGAUUUAUUUGAUCCAGUAAAUAUCAAAUACAGCACUCUUCGAGAUACAGAGGAUUGGUAUUCUGCCAAGGAUAAUUUUUAUAACACGUAA